GCCGCCUCUUCCGUGAAGGGCAAGCAGCUUUUGGGGUGGAGAAUUGGCCUUGCAGUAGUGAACAUGGAUUGUCCCCUUGCUAAGCAAGAUGUGCCAAUGGUGAGGUUUUGCCGGAACGGAUCCCUCGUGGUUGGCGAGAGAUGACUGUAAUACUGAGCUGGAUGGACCAGAGGCCUGACUUGGCAUAAAGGCCAAGAGAGAUGCAGUCACUGGAGGAUCUUUGGAGCGGGCGGACGGUUUAAACAUGGAGGCAUCAGGAGGCCACGGUGUUUACUAGCCAGAUCGAACCAGAGAGAUCCCGUCUCCCCUGGAACGAGUGCCGGGCUCCUAUUAAGCUGCCUGAUUGAUGGUGGAGGCGGCCCACUGGUGGCACGUUUGCAUCUUGCGGAGACCGAGUCGUUCCUCCAGCCGCCGCCGCCGGCAGCAGCAGCAGCAGCAGCUGCGGCGGCGGCGCAGCUCUUCCUCCUGCUCGUCGGCUGCCGCCCGCCGCCGAGAAACUUUCUCCGGGCUCAGGCAGGCGGACCGAGCCGGCCUCCGGAGCCCCAGCGCCGCGGCAGGCGCUGCCUUCCCUACAGCGGCAGCCGCCAUGGAACCCGAGCGGGCGGCGGCGGCGGCGCGGAGCUCUCCGUGGUGCUGAAAUGUUCCCGCCGCCGAGCCCCGCGCUGAGGAAGGGAAGCUCGCCGGACGCCGGGCCGUCCCUGCUUUGAGCCGGGCGGGGGUCUACAGCUGCCGCGCGGAGGAGGAGGAGGGUCGCUCGCUGGCUCUCCCUGCCUCCCUCCCCGGCGGCGACUCAGGCUGGAUCGGGACCUCUAGAACAGCCAUUCCCAUGUGGAUGCAGGAUGGACCCGCUCCAGAGGAUGGACCAACUGCUUCUCUACAUCAGCGCAGCCCUCCUGGUGUAUUUCAACUGUUCCAGCUUGUGUCUGGUGGAUGCAGACAGCCCGUCCGCUCCAGUCAACGUCACUGUCAAGCACCUGAAGGCCAACUCUGCUGUCGUGACCUGGGACGUCCUGGAAGAGGAAGUGGUCAUCGGGUUCGCCAUCUCUCAGCAGAAGAAGGACGUGCGGAUGAUGCGCUUCAUCCAGGAGGUCAACACCACCACCCGCUCCUGCUCUCUCUGGGACCUGGAGGAGGACACCGAAUAUAUUGUGCACGUCCAGUCCAUCGGUAUCGAAGGCCAGAGCCCGGCCAGCGAGCCCGUCUACUUCAAGACCCUCCGAGAAGCCGAGAAGCUGGCGUCCAAAAACAAAGAUGAGGUGACGAUGAAGGAGAUGGGGGAGAAGAACCAGCAGCUGCGUGCUGGAGAGGUCCUCAUCAUUGUGGUGGUCUUGUUCAUGUGGGCAGGGGUGAUUGUCCUGUUCUGCAGGCAAUACGACAUCAUCAAGGACAACGAGCCAAACAACAACAAGGAGAAAGCCAAGAGCACGUCCGAAAACAGCACCCCCGAGCACCAGAGUGGGGGGCUCCUGCGCAGCAAGUUUCCAAAAAACAAGCCCUCGGUGAAUAUCAUUGAAGCAUGACAGCCUGGUGGAUGGACUGGAUUUCUCUCUCUCUCUCCCUCGCCCGCCUUCCCUCCCUCCCAGAUUUGGCAACUGGGGUGGUGAAAUGUUGCCAGAGCUUUUUGGAAAGAGUCCGGCUCAGCGGCAGAUGGAAGGCAGGAGCCUCUCUCUAGUCUUGUCCUGUGGCAAGAAAAUAAAGGCGAGGAGCCCCAAACUCAACCCAAUGUGGACAGAAAGAGAAAGACUGCAAGGACAGUCCUGAGAAGGGACCCUUUCUGUGAAAGCUGUCCGUUUGGCAGCCGGGGCGAGUCUGAAAGAUGCCACGAUGAGGAGAUGCCACACACCCACAAUUGCUCCUGUGUUGGUGGUGAGACUGGUAGGGGUGGUGUCCUUCACCUUGACCAACCCUGUCUUGCCCCUUGUCUCUUGGGAAAUGUCCCACCUCAUUGCUGAUUUGCUCCCCUCUGACCACGGCUUGCUUUCAAGUAGGAGUCGCCAACAUGGACUCUGGACACGGCUGCCUCCGUUUCUCCUCUUUGUGACCAUGCUGGAGAACACUCUCCCGUUUGACCACCGAGCGAGCAAACCCACAGCAUUGGCUGUAACUUCCAUGCAGAAGAGGUCUCGCAGUUUGCAUUUUUAAGAACAAGCAAAUGUCUGCAAGCCUUACAUGUUUCUUUAAAAAAAUGAAAGCACACAUGGCGUUUCCACCGGGGCCUUCGGGACUCCACUAGCUGCUUCUUUGGGGUAAUUCUGAGCAGUUCCAUGUUUCUUGUUUUGCUCCCAGGUUUAGUGUAUUGUGUGUUGUUUUCCCUGCUGGAUAAUCGACCCUCAAACUUGUAUCAGGUUUAUACCACUUCAACUGUCAAGACUUCUCCCAAAGAAUCCUGGGAAUUUUAGUUUGGUGAGAUGCUGAGAAGGAGAACAAGGUAAGACCCUGGUUGCUGGAUCAGGCCAAAGGUCCAUCUGCUUCAACAUCCUGUGACCAGCAAUGGCCAGCCAGAUGCAUGAAGGCCAUGCCCCUUCCACGGCCAUCUGUCUGCAGGAUCUGGUUCUCAGAGAGACCCAGAGGUUUGUGAUAGGUUAGAUAGACCUCUCCUCCGUGAUUUUUCUCUAAUCUAGGAGUACUCAAGAUGGUGUCCUCAGAUGUUGUUGGACUAUAAAUCCCAUCAAAGGCCAUCAUGGCUGGGGAUGAUGGGACUUGUAGUCCACCAACAUCUGGGGAACCAAACUUGAGCGCCCCUUCCUCACACCCUUUUUAAUUCCAGUGGCCAUCACUAAAAGGCCAUGAGAACCAUAAAUUCUACUGUGUGGAGAAAUCUUUCCUUUUGCCUGUCCUCCAGUCUUUCUUUGGUGCUUUCAAUUAAUUUCAUUGGACAUCCCCCAGUUCUAGAAUUUUGAGAGAGGGCAAGAAAUUCUGUGCAAUGAUCAGCAGCCCUGCCCACAGCAAUUACAAUUCCCAGUUCCCUGGAAAGAAGGAAUGGCUGUUAAACCAGUACAAAUACUCCCUUACAGAUUACGAUUUCUUUCCACUAUUUCUCAGCAAGGAAUUUUAUGUGAUUCACCCACAGUGUGCCAAAUGGCUGCGCUGGGAUCCGUGGAGAGGCAGCUAUGUGGUGCUACCCCCUGCCCCCACCACAUAAUCCCAGAAACAUUUGCUGGGCUGAGUUUUCCCUGUCCCUAGGAACGUCAGGCACAUGAGAGACCCAUGGAGCAGACUAGAGGAAGAAAAAUGUCUCAAGUAGAUUAUCUCUCAAAUUGACCUGCCAAAGGUUCGAACAAAUGCAUUGCUUAACUCAUUGUCAUUUUUAGACGCUGUUGGAGUCACAAGUGUUUUGGAACAGAAGAGUAUAAAAGAGUGGGUUUUUUGGUCCAAUUAACCUCAUUGUUUUGCAGUGUCCCUCAACGGGGCUUAUUAUUUCUUUCAUGGUUUGUUUGUUUUUUAAAUGCCUUAAAAUGAACUUCUACAAAAAAUCAAAAUGUGAGGGGCAGAAUACUUAGUUCAUGGAUUUGUUCUCCACCAUUCCUCUCUCAAAGCAGCCUUCACAACCACCCUGUGAGGUAGGUUAGGCUGAGAGAUUGUGACUGGCCCAGUGCCAGCCAGUGAGCAUCAUGACCAAGUGAGGAUUUGAAGGAGGGGGUUUCCCACACCCAAAGUCAUGGCCCUUUGAAUUGUGAGGACUCCUUGUAGCUCAAGUUGGAUGAAAAUUUGCUGCUGCAGCUCAGCUCGCGCCCCCCCCCCCCACGCCCAUUGCCAAUGCAGGUGGAUUGGUGGCGGGGGGCGGGGGUGGAAUCCAGCAGGAUGUGCCAUCCGUGUAAGAUACCCCCAAAUGCCUCUCUCACUUCCAUAGUUAGUUAAUCAAGCCACCAGGUCUCUGUCCGAGCCUUUCCUCCAUCUUCUGUCAAGGCGGUGGAAGGAGCAGGCCAUCUUCUCCAGUUAAUGAGCAUUUCAUGGUUGAAUGCUGACUGUCUCUGUGAGUGACGGCGCUUUGGAGGGUGUGAAUGGAGGAGGUGUUCCUUCACCAGGAGGAAGAUUAAUUCUUUGUGCUUCAACAUUCAGCAUCUAGAUUUAUUCAUAUUGCUCCAGUCCCCAGAAAACCAUCCCAUCCCUACUGGAAAAGGAGGCAGGCUUCUAACUGCUCCUUCUAGAUGCCAAGAUGGGUUGCCACAUUUCUUUUCCUAGCCCUGCUCCUAUGCCCUCAUGAGCAGCUCAACAGAAAUUUAACAAGGGAAACUUUGUGUGUGUGUGUGUGUGUUUGUUUGGCAUGGAGAUAAAACAAUGGGGAAAAUGUCACCGUUCACUGCUAAAGAACUGUAUCACUCAAUUUCUUCAUGUUAGGCUCCUCCUAAAGGCAACAGAGAGGGGCCAGUUAAAAAAGGGUGGCAACUAGAAUGAAGAGAUCUCUAGUUCAAAUCCAGUCUCAGCCAUGAACUCAUCACGGGUGGCCUUAGCUGAGCCCCGUCUUCGGAACUCCCCUCCCUGCCUUACAGGGUCAUCGUUAGAAGAGAAAGUGCUUGGAUCGCUCUAAAGCAAAAGUACCCAACCGUACUGAUGGUCACUGUGGCUAGGGGUGAUGGGAGUUGUAGUACUGCAUCUGGGGACCGAAGGUUGGGAACUGCUGCCAUGAAGCGCUGUACACUGAACCAAGUCAUAUUAUUAGUUGGGGUGUCUCCCUGAUGACCUCAAAGACCCCUCUUAUGGACACUCACUGGCAGAAUUUUCCUUUCCUCCCCCCCCCCUCAUUAUUUCCCUCCCAUCUCUGCAGCCUUUUGGAUCAGGAGCGGGCAGCCACUCACAUCUGCAGGUGGAGAACCCGGCUGCUUCUGUCUGUGACAUUGCUAACAUUAGGUGCCUGUUCAAAAGACACACACACACACACACACACACACACACCAUUCACAGGGGACUGAAACAGCGUCUCAAGCUUUAAACGCAAGUGCUAAUCAACCCACUGUUCAGCCAGAGCCCUUGGGUCAGGUUUUGAACGAGGUGGCACCAGCAAGCAAGACCCAAGGUCAGGUCACCAUCAUUCACAAGAGUUGCACAAGAACCCCAAAGGCGGCAUUCUCGGCCUCAGUCACUCCCUUUGAUUCUCGCCUGGGAGGAAACGGGCUGGGGGCAGAUGGUCUGCCUUGGGGGCGGGGAGGAAAGGGUUGUGAGCUGUGAUAACAGUUUGAGCAAUAAACCACGUUUUUAAAUGUACAAA